CUGCAUGUACAUCAUCCGGUUCGGCACUAUGCGCAAGAUGCACAAAGCGAGCAGCUUUGCAAACGAAGCGCAGAAAGGCACCGCAGGCAUCUGGUGGAAUGUGUGGGUUAUGCUGGCGCUACCAGCUGUCUGGUUAUCCUGGUCCAUCAUUGCGUUCUUCGUCUGCAUUCUGUCAUUUAUCUGGCUGAGCGGGUCGACAUCUGAUCCGACGGGUGUCCUGCUCUCGCCGAACGCCGCGUUGGGUCCCCGGAUUGCUCUGACGGCAGUCUUCGUGCUGGGGUUGGUCUACUCGUUCCUGAUCAUUCAUGAAUUCCAUCGGUACGGAGACCCGCUCGACCGCGAAUGGUCGAGAGCGGUGAAAGGCUGGAUAAAUACAUACCCGCGUCCGAUGACUCCAAUCAUCGUGGACGAUAGGUCUCCCGCUGUGUCCGUGUUUCGGCGUCCGGUCACAGUCAUGAACUUGGGGGACUAUGGUGGGGUCUCCGUCGAUCGACGCGCCCAGGGCCCACUACUGCCCGAUAACCUUUGGGCUCAGUUCGCGGAGGUCUGUGCCGUUUCCUCUCUCUGUUAUUUCCGACGUCGGCUCAUGAUCUCAGGACGUAAAAUCUGUUUGGGCAGAGGGAGACGCCCCCGAGAUGCAGGCUACACCGCGACCGAACAACCCGACGCCUGUCUCGGAGUCCCACUUCUACCCGACGACGUUCCUAGCAAAGAAUGCCUCGGCCGACGAGCCUCCCCCAGCAAACGGACAUCCCUCCGCCGACGGGCAUGCUCCAAGAAACCACCGCUCCGGUGACGACGUUUCCUCCGAAACGUCAUACGGGCAGAUGCAGCCCCGUGCGUUUUUCGCCUCGGGUCAGCCUGAUGUUGAGAUGACGGAAUGGGAAAGGCAGCGAGAGGAGGGACGGGCGGAGGGAUGGGCGGAGGGACGGGCGGAGGGAUGGGCGGAGGGACGGGCGAGGGCCCUGGCGGAGGGCCUGGCAGAGGGCCUGGCGGAGGGUGCCGCAGCGAUGCGCGGCGCACAGCCGCCACCCCCGGACACCCACGCGUCGCUGACUGCGGUCAUCGAGUCCUGGAACGAGCGGUAUUUCCGGCCCCGGCACGCGGAAGCUGAGCUGGUGCCGGUCGCAGAUGGGCACUACACGUAUUCGAUCGCGGUCCACACCGAUGUACCGCGGGGUGGGGACGGCGGAUCGCCUGUGCUGGAUGAGAAGACGUCCCACUCGCGUUCGCCGCAGGCUGUGCCGACAAGCGCGAGCGUACACCUGCCGUCGCCGACUCCGAGUCGACGGCGUCAACGGCCGUUCUCUAGGUGGCGGGAUCGGCUUUUACGGCGUCGGAACUAGCCAGGAAGGGGCCUGGUUUACAUGGAUAUGAUUACAUGCAGCACAAACACGCCCAUCUUUUGCUUGCUCGCAAGCACUCCUGAAUGAAAUAAAUAAGCUAUGAUUCAUGAUCUCUCUGUGCUCUUCCAGUCGAUCAUUUAUUCCGAAUUAUCCUGCGUAACAGCACAAGUUUAUACUGUAGACAGCGUCCUCGCUUCUCGGAAAUUGAGAGGUUUGCCUCAUCGCACUCAAAGUUGUUCGUGGGUGUUCGAGAUACGGGAUUGAUGGCAUCAAACGCGAGGCCUUGAACUGACCAAUCCUGAACUUGCGAUGUGCAGUCACCGAAGUCUAUGUGAGCCACGCCUACGGCAGCGCAGGUCGACUGCAGCCGAUAUCAUGUCCCCCUGCUGACAGACGUCACUCGCUGUGUCGCUAGCGCGCAGCGUGGCGAUAAGCACUUUCCCUACUGACUUGAAGCCAUGGACGACUUCCCGGACGAGCUGCUGGACGAAAUAUGCGCGCACAUGGGCAAGAACGAGCUGCGCUGCGCGGUCCAGGUGUGCCGCAGCCUCCGCCGUGUCGGCGCCCGGCCCAUUUUGCGCGCGUGGGGCAUUCGGGACUCCCCCGCCGACCUCCAGAGCGGGGCGCUCACGGUGAACAACACGGGCCAGCUCUUCCUCAUCCCCCUGUACGCCUCGCUCGUCGGGCGCAUCACGCGUCUCGUGUGCUUCGCGAACCCGUUUGUCACGGUGGACGGCCCCUGGCACAGUGUGCUGCGCCAGAUCCUCGCUGCGCUGCCGCCGGUGCCCGACAUCUUGGUGCACCAUCGCCCCGACACGUUCAACGUCUAUGCCAUGCAGCUGGACCCGUAUCCGUAUCUGGCUCAGCUGCCGGCGGCCGCAGACAGGAUGCUCGUCGUGGUGCACGGCAGCACCAUCGCAGUAUCGAAGCCGCUGCCCCAGGACAACUCGCAGCAGUUCGCCCUGAGUGCCGCCGGAGCGGACGAGAGGCUCAGACGAGACGUGCCGGGCAUCGCCCCGGUCGAGUGGAUCCGCCUGCAGAUGCUCCCCGCGGUCACUCUGGUGACCAUCGGGACUGUCAUCUCCAGCUUCCCCAUGCGCCGCAUCCUCUCGCUCGGACCGGCCCUCGGACUGGACCAGGCCGUGCUCGUCAGCAUCCUUCGCUCGAUGCCGUCGGAGGACAUCAUCUCCGGCCUCGCCCUCGAGCCGCACCUCGCCCUGCCCGUUACCGCCCUCGUCUCGUUCCUGCUGCGGCACCCGAAUGUGCGCGAGCUGUGCGUCGGGCCUGGCGCGCUGUGUCUCGCUCCCCACGACGGCGAGGAGGCGGACAUGGGUGCUAACCGCGCGCGCAUCGCGUACCUCGAGGCGCCGGCGUCGUACGUGCCCCGGCUCUUAAGGUGCAUGGGGCCCGCCCUUGCGAGGAUCGGGGUUUCGUUUUCACAAGAUCUUGACAUGGCGGGGUAUCGGGAGACACUCGCCGCGAUCGCACGUCUACCUGGGACUUCUGAGCUCUCGCUGACGCUCGCAUUCCCUCCCGCAACUGCCCACCAUUUCCCGUGGAACACAGAUGCCAGUGACAAGUGUAUACCAGCCAAACUAGGGCGCGUGACUGAGCUGGAUGUGGUGAAGCGGUUUCAUACGCUGGGCGAGUUGCAGACUGUGGUGGCGUGGGUGGCAGAGCUGUUCCCCGCCGUCACAUGCUUGUUCUUCACGCAUGGUUCUGCGGACAUAGAGCCGUCGUCUGAAGCGCGUUCGGUGUUUGAACGGACGGUCAAAGCGGCGUGUCCAGCCCUGGAAUCAGUUCACUUUUGAGUGUGGGCCGUUGGAUGUUUGAUGCGUCAUACAAGUAGUAAAAUAGAGAAUAGAAUGGAGUGGCAAUGCAUUGAUAAGAUGUAUUGCGAACGUUGCCCUGGGAUCGUGAACGAAAGCGGUGGCGCCAGACACGAUCAGGCACGUGCACGUCUCGGCAGCGUCUGCGCACGGACCACACCGGAAUCGUAUAAAGGCCACCGCUGAACACGAUGAAUCUUUACCACUCUGGCCUUUUGGCUUAGAUCAAGUGUAGUAUCUGUUCUUAAUAGUUU